AUGUCAUUAAAGUCAGUAAAUCUUGUCCUCAAAAUUGGAAGUUUGUUAGCACUUACACCUGCCAAGAUAAAAAAAAAUAGAGUCUUGUUUCCAUCAAAAGCCUACGCAUUUUUUUGGAUAAUACUAUUCUUGACAGGAGUAUCUGUUUCCGCAUUUUACAGAAAAGCUCUGUAUGAAGAAUAUAGCACUAUUAGAAUUAUUCUGCAAGUAGCUACGGAUAUUAUCUUACUGAUCUUAAAUAUCUCGACUAUUGUGAUAACAAGAAUUAAAAAGCAUCAAUGGAACAAGUUCAUACGGAUUUUGCAAACUCUUAAAAGUAACAAGGAAAGUUUUUCUUUUUUACCUUUUUUUAUAACAAAUGUUGUUUUGAUGAUAAUGCUUACAUACGAAACUUAUCUUUGGAGUUCAAUAAUGGGAGUCGAAUACUACGAAAUGUAUGCGGUGGAAUAUUUUCAAACGUACGCCCAGUUUAUUGUUUACUAUUUGAUUUAUGCGUUUUUGAACCUGAUACUGGACAGAGCCGAAAAUCUAUCGAAAAAAGUCAGCUUUUUGAAGCUAAAUCGGCUCAAUUUUAAUUUGAAGAAAAUAAUUAAAAGCGACUUUUGCGCACUGGCAGAAUGUCUAGAUACUUUCAAUGAUAUUUUCGGCUGGUUAAUCCUACUCUUGAUUGGAUUUUGUCUUCUCCAACAAUUAACAUAUUUGCACAACUUGAUCAUCCAGCCAGAAAUCCAAGAAGUUAAAAUUAUAAUAUACGAGAUAAUCUAUAUUACGUGGCACAUGGUCGGCACGUUUAGUAGCGUUUUCAUCUGUGACCUCAUACAACAAAAAGUUAGAAACAUAGAAACUGCAGCCAGUAGUAGUGACGAGAACGAAUUUAAAGAAAGUAAAAAGCUACGAAAUGUUAUUGUAAACGACCAUUUUCCCCACUUUACAGCCGCACAAUUUUUCGAUCUGAACAGAAAAACGAUUCUUGGCGUAUUUAAUGCUCUCGUUACGUUUGUAAUUGUUGCGAUUCAAUUUGACAGCGUUGGGGUUUAA